AAAACCUAGACAACUAAAUAUACAGUUCGAUUUGGACUUCACUGUUACUUAGUCGGUUUUUGAGAAUCUUCAGUUUUAGCACAGAAAAUGGCUCAACCAUUAACGAUUUUAAAGAGUUCUCUGUCCACUUCUACAGCCAGAAGUGCGAUUAAGAAUGUCACAAUUAUUGGAGGAGGUUUAAUGGGUUCUGGAAUUGCUCAAGUUGCAGCGCAAACCGGCCACAAUGUUACUUUAGUGGAAUUGAAUGCAGACAUCCUGAAAAAGGCUGAAGCCAGUAUUGGCAACAAUCUGGGAAGAGUAGCCAAGAAAAUGUUUAAGGAUAACCCUAGCGAGGGCGAGAAAUUCGUUGCCGAGGCCAAGAAGCGCGUCAAGGGUUGCACAGAUACCAAAGAGGCUGUCCAAGAUGCUGAUCUUGUCAUUGAGGCAAUUGUUGAGAAGAUGGAGAUCAAGCACAAGCUGUUCAAGACUUUGGAUGAGCAAGCACCACAGAAAACUAUUUUUGCAUCAAACACCAGCUCCCUUUCAAUUGGAGAGAUUGCUUCAGUGACUGGCCGCAAGGAUAGGUUUGGUGGUCUGCAUUUCUUCAACCCUGUUCCAGUUAUGAAGCUGUUGGAGGUUGUUCGCAUUCCAGAGACCUCUGAUGAAACUUUCAAUGCUAUGAUGGCCUGGGGUAAGGCUGUUGGCAAGACCUGUGUGACUUGCAAGGACACUCCUGGAUUCAUUGUGAACAGGCUUCUUGUACCAUACAUUGCUGAAGCUAUCAGGAUGGUGGAAAGGGGCGACGCCACUCCAAGGGAUAUCGACAUUGCCAUGAAAUUGGGCGCCGGUUAUCCAAUGGGACCGAUUGAAUUGGCCGACUACGUUGGACACGACACAUCAAACUCCAUCAUGCAGGGAUGGUUUAAGAAGUACCCAGAGAAUCCACUCUUUAAGCCUAACGAUUCUGUAGAGAAAUUGGUGAAGGAAGGCAAAUUGGGUGUGAAAACCGGCGAAGGCUUCUACAACUACAAAAAGUAAUCUUUCCUCCUGCACGUUUUGUAAUUUUAUAUCAGUGUUUUCUUUCUAAUAUAUAUAGUAUUUUAUUC